AGGGCUCCAUUAAACACUUUCCACUGGAUAAGCAUCAGAGUGUGCUCAUCAGUCCCGCCUGCUAGGAUGUUCAUGUUAGCAUUGUUGGUGGAUGGUGUAAAGAAAAUAAACUGAUAAAAUGAUGAAUGUGCUCGGAUCUGUACGCACCGUCUAAGAAGAACACCGGUGAUGUGAGCAGAUUAUUGGACUGACAAAAUACAGAACAGGAUGUAGGACCGUGUGGCUAAAACCAGGUGUGAAACAGCAGCACUUGUCCUCAGAGCGCUGGAGGGAGUGUGUGAGAAAUGGCCAAACUCCUGUCUACAUUUCUUCUACAGAUGCUGUUUGGUUUCUUUACACCGUGUCUCCUUGAGAUCGCUUCAACUGAUCAUUUAUCUGUCCAUCCUGGAGAGAACAUCACCCUGCUCUGUAACAUCACUAAUUAUUCUGAGAUAUCGUGGUAUCGACUGAGAUCUGAGGAGGUGAAGCUGUUGAUAUCUGCUGAGAAAUCUAAGCUGAAGAAAACCUUUUCCCUCAGUUAUAAUGUGAACGAGAGUCACUUUGAUAUAACAGAAAGCAGCAGUUCAGUCAGUUUAGUGAUUAUUGGAGUUAGAGAGACAGAUCUGGGAUUUUAUUUCUGUGGAGGUCGAAACAGAACGACACACAUUCAGUUUGGGAAACUCAUCAGACUGGACUUUACAGCUGAUCAGCAUCAUGAGACUGAUCGUUCAGACACACAGCAGUCUGUAGGUCCUGCACUCUGUGGAAUUAUUAUUAUAAUCCUAUCAUGUGUGUGUGUGGUCUUUGUUUCAAUAAGCAUCAUCUGCUCCUCUCUGUACUGUUCCACGCUACAAGAUAAGUGUUCUUCCACUGGGGACUCAAACGAGAAGGAAGUGGACCUGCACGUGUCUGAUUUGACCUCUGUGACCUACACAAGUGUCUCCUGACGGCCCAGAAAUCAUCAGCAGCAUGAGGAUCAGAAUCAGCAGAGAACCUGCUACGAUCCCAUCGACCUCGCAUACGUCAAGUACUCACUAAUAAUCCGUGUGGUCUGAAGAUUAAUGACUUCCUGUUCUGCCCCCAAAAGCAUGUUAUCUGGGUGAUUCCCCAACUGUGCCGUCAUUCAGCUCUCGUAACUCUUAAACUUCAAUUUUUUAAAUAGUUGUUCAACAAUGAAUCGAGGAAAACGUUCAUUUAACUAUUCAAAAAUGUCUUGACUUCAAACAACAACAAAAAUAAUUUAUUUACAAGGAUUCGUUGGUACAUUUUGCUCUUAAAAGAGUUCCAAGGUUAAAAGUAGUGAUGUUAAAGCUUCAUGAAGAGUUGAAGCAUUAAAGCCAGAUGUGUUGAAGAUGUUUGUUUCUUUGGGCUAUAAGUGCACACUAGAGCUCUAGUGGUUAAAAGACUUUAGUCCAGUGUAACAUGUAACACUGCACUGUGUGUACAGGCCAAUACGAAGUAAAUGACUGAUAUAAUCAAUAUCAAAUAAAUGAAUUGCUGAAGGUGAAUUACUGUGUUUAUUUUACUCCAGACAAAAGCCCAAAGCUUUAUAUAAACACAUGUGAAACGUGGACAGAGACGUGGUGCAGUUUCCUGCUUUUAUUUCUGUAUUUUUUUUUUUUUUAAUAAACCUUAUAAUGCGAAUAGUUCCACAUUAUUUGCACUGUUUUUAUAGAACUUUAAUCUGAUCUUGUCUAUAAGAUUAAAAUGUAGGGAGGAAUAUUAUGUUUCAGCUGCUCAGUAUUUCGUUAAACAGGCAGUGAAUGGCUCUAUUGAGAUGGAAUAUGGCUUGUACAAAGUCAGAGGGUGAUGAAGUGUGUGUGUGUGUUUUUGGGGGAAAGUGACUAUUUCUACCUUGUAAUUAAUCCAGAUUAAUUUAAUAAAAUACUGUAGUAACCUCAGGGCUAAAGCCACUACAACUUAUUGUUAGCCAGUUAUUUACCUUCUUUAUUCUACACUUUAUUUUGAUAUAUUUUUCUGCCCACUUUAAAGUGCUACUCAUUGCAGAAUGGUGCCGGUAGGUGGCGAUAUUUACUGAAUGGAAGGAGAAAGUCAUACAUAUAAAUCUGAGUCCACAAAACAGGACAGGUCUCGAACUUUAUUUAUAUUUUUAUUUGAAGAGAGAUUAAAUGUCAGUUAUCAGAUUCUGAUGGAGGGUUAAAUCUUUCUUCUAAUCCCUGUAAAACUCUUUAGAUUUUAAUAUGGUCUGUUAAACCUGACUGCAAAUUAAUUAAAAAAAUAUAUAUAGAAUUAUAAUAGACAUAUUAAACAUUACAGCAUUUUAUUAUUACUCCUCACUGAACAUAGCAGAUGGAAAUAUUAAGUGAGAUCUUUUAAGUGUCUGAGUUUAGAUUAAACAAACAAAAAAAUCUCACCUAUUGUAAUUUACCCAAUUGUUGGUUAUUUCCUGUUCAGGACAUGUGGUUUUAGUAUCAUUGUGGUUUCAGUGUUUGAUCAAAACAGGUCCUCAGGACCACAGUAACGUGUUUUAUUCGGUUUCUGAAUUCUAGAUAAAGGUUUUCAGUAUAAUGACAUGCCAUGCUUCUAUUUAUAGUUACAUGUAAUGCUGUGCAAAGUAUGCUGAACAAGUCAGUUCCUGUUCUCACUUAGGUCAUAGCAGCUAUAAACAG